AUGGAAACAAAGUGGUAUCUCUUUAUUUUGUGUGUUUGGGUUCUGUCUCUGGGCCACUUUAGCUUCGCGAAGGAAUUGCGGUUUAAUAGUUUAAAGAAGCUUUUCAAAGCAGGAGCUCCAAAAGCCACACCAGCCGUUGCCUCGACGGUAGAAGACCAUGAAGAGGACCGGGACCCUUUGCGCAGGGCCUCGCGCUCUCCGGGGCGGGACACCGCUCCGCGCGCGCGGCCGGAGCCGGCCGAGGAGAGACCCGAGCCGGACGUGUCCCUGAGCUGCUCCGCGUCGGGCUUCGUGGUGCGGGUGAGGAGGGGGUUCUACGGCCUGGGCGCGGACGCGCACGAGCUGAGGCUGGGGGGGGGCUGCAGGAGCAACGGGGACCUGCGGCCGCAGGGGGACCUGCUCUUCACCUACCCGCUGACCGCCUGCGACCCCGUGCGGGAGUCAAUCGACGGUUUCUUGGUCUACAAAUACCUCCUCCAUUAUGAGCCUUCGCGGAAAGGCUUCCCGAGCAGAGCGCACCCAUUCGACGUCGCCAUCGAGUGCCACUAUCUCAGAGAUUACGCCGUGACCCAGCUGGCCGUGCAGCCCACAUGGCAAACCGUCGUCGUGCGUAAAGCUCUGAAAGGACAGUCUUGGAGGACACCGGCCAGGAUUCAUGAGUAUUUCCUUGGCCAAACGGUCAACGUCCAGGUCUCUGCUCCUCGCCUCCGCCCUGGUGAAAAACUGUACAUCAGCAGCUGCCACGCCACGCCGUUAAAUGGCUCCAGCCCAUCACUCAAAUACCAAAUCAUAGGCAACUUUGGGUGCCUGGUGGACAGCAGGCUGGAGGCCGGCUCCUCCGAGUUCGUCUCCCGGACGGACAAUAGCCUGAGGUUUUCUCUGAAGGCCUUCCAGUUCACCUCAGACCCCAACACCGAGGUAAGCAUCCAAUGCAAAUUUCUAGUCACAACAGAAGACCCAGGACCUGUACACAAAUGGAGGGAACUCGAUGGCCAUGACUCCAUAUGUGACUGUUGUGAGUCAAAGUGUGUGACUUCUAAACCCCGCAGGGCCUUGAUGGAAGGCUCUGCCAGGAGUGCGGCCUUACUGGUCUCAGACCGACCGCACACAGCAGAGGACGGCUUUCCACUCCGUUCAGAGAAGAUCAGUCGUGGUUUUAACUCUGGUCUGAAGAGUCAGGAGCUGAUCGGGGAAAGUACGGCUGAGGAAAAUAACGACAGCAGCACAGACGAGGAACGGCAGCUUGAGGAAAUUGAAAUUAUCUUUGGAAAGAUGGCAGAACCCGAUCUACAGGAGCUAGAUAUUAAGAAGUUAUUUCAAGAUGAAUUUGGAUCUGGGGAUGAAGAUGAUGAUUUAUUUGACAUCUCUGAGGAGCAGAUGAUCCGUGUUAACCAGAAAGAAGCUGGGGAAUCAGACGUUGGCCUGCAGAGAGAGCUGGAGCCCCCGGAGUGUGAGGAAGAAAACGGGACGUACGCGUGUAGAGCUGAAGAGGAUGGAAACGUGGCUUCUGAGGUGAAGCUGGAGAGGGGCGGCAGGCAGGUUGAUUUAGACGAUGAAGAAAGGACGUGGUAUUUCACAUGGAAGUAG